CUUACACUUACUUGCUCCAGAGGGGUGCGACCUCUGACACAUAGCAAUUGAAACUGGCAAGAAGAACAGAGAGUCCGGGGCUCUGAGCGGGUGGUCUGAGACAAAAGACAGAUAGAUCGGAUAAUUGACAAGCAGCAAGCAGGCAAAUACUCAAACUUUGAGUCUCAAAAACCCAUUGAACUAGUUGGCUGGUGUAUAAUCAUAUAAGAUGAUGCAACGAUCCGGCGGGGACAUGAAAGUUGGUCCGGUUUAAAUGGAGAAUGGUGAUGGCAUGCCGUGGAAAAGUGCUUCUCAAAACAAAAGUGAAAGUGCUGGGGCAGUGCUACACAGACAGGGAGGAGAAGAGUGUGGGAUGGAUAUGCCUGAUACAUUACAAAGAGAUUAUCAAUCUAUUCCAGACAUGGACCAUGCAGCUGAAUCGUGGAAGAAGUUCUAUGUCUACUUGGCGGGAAAAACUAAUGACGCACAUCUAAGCUUUGUUUCAAAGCUUAAAUGUGUUGGCCAAAUUCAGGUGGACUCUCUUGAAGAAAGUGACUACAUUCUGGUUUUCUGCCCUAUCGCUUCACGAGCUGGAACAGACAUCAGCGAGGCAGAGGACAGCAUGCCACGAAAUAAACCAGUAAUUCUGGUGGUGAUGCAUCACACCUUCGACCCUGACCGUGCUGUAGCUGAAAGCAGAAGAAAGGUUACCAACCCGAACGUCCGCCUCACUGUGGACUGUCUGUUCUAUGAGGGCAGACUCCUGGAGAGUGACCGCAAUUACAUUGCUUGGUUUGAUAUCCAGAGGUUUCUUGGAGUACCAGAUAACAAGGUCUACAAGAUAGUUGUUUGGUUGAGGAGCCAUCUGAAGCAGAUCGCUUUAGGAGUUCUUGGUGGAGGUGUGGUAUUGUUGGUCACUGUGAUAAUCGCUGUAAAAAUAAAAAAUAAAAAAGAUAAUUAGAGUGAUGUCACUAACAUGCAUGACAAAACCAAAUAAAUGCGGUAUCUGUCUACAGUACUAUAACAAAAAAUGAUUCUUGAAGGGACAAAUAAAUGUGCUAUGUAAUGCAUGUGUAAUCAUCUGCAAAAUUUAGAUAACAGAAUGAUGUUAUUAUUGUUGUUAUUACUGCAGUAUAUUUAUGAUAAAGAGGUUGGCUGAAGCUUUUGAUCACUAAUGUUUUAUCUGAAGCACAGUAGAGGGGAACUGAUGGAAGAAUAACAGAUCUGCAGAGAAAGGCAUUAAGCAACUGGAUGUGAAAAAGAUUGAAAGAAAGAGACAAAGUUUACAUUGAAAUUGACAUUAAACUCAAGCAUAAAACUGCCAUAAGUUGAAAAGUGAGCGACUGUAUAUCUCACAUUUAGGUUCACCUUUUAUACAAGUCUAUCUUAAAACUCUAAUACACAUUACUUUUUUUGGUUGUUGUAAUUGUUCCUCCUGUAUUACAUCUCAGAGUUCAGCUAAAGGGAAUAUAUGGCUUAAGCAUUUUGAGACACACAAAGAGGGAAACUGGAACUCCUGUAACUGUUUAAUAUAUCUACUUCAUUUACAAGGUACAAGGUUGUUUAUUAGUCAUUAGGCCUAUACAGCACAAGGCUGCAUGAUGAAAAGGAAUUUAUAGAUCCUUCAUGCUACAUACAUAUAGCCCAAUGAAGUGUAGGCCUAUAUUAAAAUAAAGUAAAUAAAGUAAAAUAAAACAAUACAGUUAUUUAUAUACAUCUAUUCAUAAAACUAUAGUUUUCAGUCACGUUACAUGCGCGGUGACCUGGAGGGCAAAACAACAGACCAAUAUUGGGGAUCACACCGCGACUCCCCUGUAGAGACGCCGCAAAAGCAGUGUAUCACUUGCUUAUUGGUUGUCAGGCAGCUGAAAAUAACGCGUAUUAUUUGUCCUCCAAGGGAGCGUUUUCCUAGGAAUGUGACGCCACGUGAAAACUAUGACUCCAGACACGUAUACAUAUAUAUGAAUGUAAACAGCAGCAACCAGAUGAUAGUAUGCAAAUUUCAUAUUCACAAUAAACAGUCUGACAUUUGGUCAAACUGCUGAAGCCUCAAAUUAUCCUUAGCUGAACUUCAUAACGAAUGUUUACAGAGAACCACCCAUCACUCAACAUUGAAAGUGCUUUAAGAGGUAAUCUCUUUACAGCAGUAUGGACAGAAACAAAUAACCUUUAAUGUACAAAUGGGCAUGUCAAAAUUGUUUUAAGAUUGAUUAAAAAUGUGAACCUAUUGCUUAAUGAGAAUGUAAAGCCAGGGUUACACAAAAAAAGUUGCUUCAUAACCCCAGUAACUGUUUAUGUGUGUGUGUAGAGUUGUGUUUGUUCGAAUCUUAUGAAGUUUUACAUAAUGACAAAACAUCUCUGUGAAAUAGUGAU